UACCCCCAUUUUGUACCUACUAAUCUAAGCCGUGGUCAGUAGUGCGAAAUCUGAUUCCAGUUCAGAUUGUAAAGCUUCUGAAAAAGUUACCGGCGCCACAUUGAUCAUCGUCCACGGUGAUGCCCCUUUAACCAAUCGAUAAAACAGAGACCAUGAACUACGUGGGCCAGCUGGCAGAGACUGUGUUCGUGACAGUGAAGGAGCUGUACAAGGGUCUGAACCCAGCCACGCUCACAGGGGGUAUCGAUGUCAUCGUGGUGCGGCAGCCCGACGGCUCACUGCAGUGCUCCCCCUUCCACGUGCGCUUUGGCAAGCUGGGGGUGCUGCGCUCCAGGGAGAAGGUGGUGGAUAUUGAGAUCAAUGGCGAGCCAGUGGAGCUGCACAUGAAGCUUGGCGACAAUGGAGAGGCCUUCUUCGUGGAGGAGAGCGAGGACCUGGAGGAGAGGCUCCCGGCACACCUGUGCACCUCCCCCAUCCCCAUGGUAGACGUAGAGGACCACGAGGCCCCCGAUUCGCCACCCUGCCCCGGAUCCCGCAAGAAGAAGCGGCGGCGGCGGCGGGCGCGCUCCGAUGCCCACCGGGAGGAGGCUAGCUCGUCCUCCGACGAGAGGGAGCCUGCGGAGGCAGAGGGACACAAAGAUGAAGCUCAUCUCGCCAUUCUCUCCAGCAAAUCUGUGUACUACUCGCUGUCGGAGGAACCGCAGGAUGUGAUGGGGAACAGCCAGUCGCGAGAGCUCUAUCCCUACUCCGAUGGGGAGUGUGCGCCUGAGAGUGUGUUCUACAACCGGGCCUCGUCCCCCAAGAGUGACUCAGAGCUGCUAAUGAAGUCCAUCGAGUCCUCAGGACCCCAGAUGCAGUGGAACUGGGGGGCCUUCCCAAAGGUGUGCGUCAGUGACAGGCCGGCGCAGGAGGUGCAGCACACAUCCGCCAUCCCGCUCUCGGAGAACACGCACUUCCGCACCAUCCGCCGGCAAGAUUCCUUUGAUGCAGACCCUGACCUCCAGGAGAGCUGUGUGACCAUCUUGAGGCCUGAGCCCCGGCCGGGUGGGAUGUGGAGAGCGGAGGACUCCCCACCUCCCUUCACCACACCUGUUAGCACCAGCCUGCCGCCAUCUGAGUACGACCCCCCUGGGACCUGGGGCUCAGAGCUGGGGACCGGAGGCCUGCAGGUGGUGGAGCUUCCCGACCCACCACCAGAUGGAGGUGGUGGUGUGCCUCAAGACGACCUGCAGGGGGCGGCAGAGGGAAAGGCCUGUGGCCAGUUGGAUGCUAGCUGUCUCGCCUGCGUGGUGGUGAGGGGGGAGGACAUACCAACGACUGCGACCGAGAGCUCCCCCAAUGGUCAGGUGACCGGGAUGGUUCUGGUGAAGGAGGGGGCCGAAGAGGGCGGUACUUGUGAAAAUCAGAGCGGCUUCCUGGAGACGCCCACUAAGGAGGACACACAGGAGAAGAAGAGAAGUAAGCGGAGUCAGCACCUGGGUCCGGCAGAUAUCUACCUGGACGACCUGUCCAAACUUGACCCUGAGAAGGCAUCUCUUUACUUCCCUAAAAGCGAUAUGGAUAUCAGCAGUCGGGGGGUGGAGUCAGGCUCCCAGUCCGGAAACCAGUCCCCCCAGUCGGUGGGCAGCGGGGCGAUGGACAGUGGCACAGAUUAUUUAUCGGACUCCACCGGGGACCUGUGUGACGUCACCUUGUCCCUCUGCGGCAGGGUGGUAGACACGAGCCAUAUCGACAAAGCGAAAUUCAUGGAACACAUCGUAAGCUUUCAGGAUCUGGCCGAAAACCCAGGGAUCAUCGACGACCCCAAUCUCGUCAUCUGCGUCAACUCAAAGUACUACAACUGGGCUGUAGCCGCUCCAAUGAUCCUGUCAAUGCAGGCCUUCCAGAAGAAUUUGCCCAAGGCCACCGUAGAUCAGCUGGUGAAGCAGAAGAUGCCCAAGAGGUCCGGCCGGUGGUGGUUCUGGAGGCGCAAAGACAUGGACAGCAAUCAGGCAGAGUCCCAGCAAGGUGGGGAAGGAGCUGGAUUGGAGGUCUUUGAACCAUGUGCUGGUCCUUCUGCCAUGAAGGGCGGGACUUUCAGUGAUGACGAUGACCUCGGGCAGAUGAGAGAGGACAGACUGACGGAGACUCAGUCCACCACACACUGUAUCGCUCAGAUGUACCGCAAGUCGCUGCGUCUUUCCACCGAGCAGAUAGAGCGUUUGAAUCUGCGGGAGGGAGCCAACCAAGUCGUGUUCAGUGUAACCACACAGUACCAGGGCACGUGUCGCUGCGAGGCUGCUAUCUACCUGUGGAGCUGGGACGACAAGGUCAUCAUCUCAGACAUUGAUGGCACCAUCACAAAGUCUGACGCCCUUGGGCACAUUCUGCCGCAGCUGGGGAAGGACUGGACUCACCACGGCAUCGCGAAACUCUACCACAAAAUCCACCAGAACGGCUACAAGUUCCUGUACUGCUCAGCGCGUGCCAUUGGCAUGGCAGACAUCACAAAGGGCUACCUACACUGGGUCAACGACAAGGGGACGGUCCUGCCCAAAGGGCCCGUCCUGCUCGCUCCCAGCAGCCUCUUCUCUGCAUUGCACAGGGAGGUGAUUGAAAAGAAGCCAGAGGUGUUCAAGGUUGCCUGCCUCAGCGACAUCCGUGACCUCUUCAGCCCGCAGAAGCAGCCUUUCUAUGCAGCCUUCGGAAACAGGACCAAUGAUGCUUAUGCUUAUAAGCAGGUGGGCGUGCCAGAGAUGAGAAUCUUCACCGUCAAUCCCAAAGGAGAACUCAUCCAGGAGAAAACUAAGGGAAACAAAUUAUCGUACUCCCGGCUGAGUGAGCUGGUGGAGCAUGUGUUCCCCCUGGUGGCGAGGGGCAGGGCCUCCUCGCUGGACUGCCCGGACUACAGCCACUUCACCUUUUGGAGGGAGCUCCUCCCACCGCUGGACCUCUCACAGCUGGCAUAGGCCCCCCUGUGCCUGAUGGCUCUCACUCUCUCGCCUCAUAUUAGAAUUACUAUUAGAAUGACCUUAAUUGAUCCCAAAGGGAAAUUCCUCUCUGUAGCUCUGAAAAUAUGGCUUAGCAGUGAUCCUGCCUGGUGCCAAUGGAACUUCCCAAGGACAGGCGACCAAGUCCAUUCAUGCAAUUCUGCACAGUGAUGCUGUAACAGACCAAAGACGCAGUGUGUGGAUCAAACGUCCAACCUUCCUGACAAGCUGGGCGUUUUUUUUUUUUUUUUGAUUGUUUGCUUUUUAGCACUUGAUAUUAUCCAUGUGCAAAAAUUUUGCAAAGGGAUAUUGCUAAUGUCCAUAUACUGUAAUACUACCUGUGUCUUGCAGCCAUGGUAAACGAUGCAGGGCCUCCGUUUGCACAAAGUUCAUUGAACCCAGAGUUAGUCCUGAUCUGUGUGCCAUUGCUCAAGCCGCACAUCUAUAGUUCAGAACCAGGCCAUGUCAGGACCGAACUGACCUGCUGACUAUAGUGUCCUGCAAAUGGAAUAAAUGCCAAGUGUAUGUUCCAGCACCCAGACAAUAUGCAUAUUUUUAUUUUGAAAUGUAAACUUAGGUUUUUCACAAGAAUCUCCUAUGUACAUUUUUGCAUUUCUUGCAUAAAUAUAUAACUGCAUGUCUGCUAUACAGCAAACCACUAGAAUAAUUCUUUGACAUUUAAUAAUGUAUCACAACAUGUCUGAAAGGACCAAAUGUUUACAGCUGGGCUAAUAUAUGCAUCCUGCAGAGGUCUCCUUUAUAAGCUGAACUUUCUUCCUGGAGUAACUGGACCUGAAGUGCCAUUUUAUUUAUGUCUAGGUUUGGGAUUGUUUGUGUUUGUUUUUUUUAUUCCCACUGUUAAAGCCAGUUUCAUUCAUUUCAUAGAUUUCAUUUCACUUUUGUAGGGUUGAAUUUUAUUCCAACCAUGAUGUAUGUAUUUGCAUAAGAUAAAGUUUUUCAGAUAGCUGCUUCUCAAGCCUAGGAUUAAAAAAACUCUAAUCUUCAUUACUUCAGGUGGAAUCUAUGCAUCUGGAGUAAAAUAAAGACGGAGCAAUCAAAAUAAUGGUUAAAAGGGCAAUAUAUUACAUUUAUAUAGAGAGGAGGAAUUUUUCCUCAUUUAAUAAUCAUUAGUUGUCAUUAUUUGAAUAUGCUUCAACUUCCAUUUCAGUGCAAUGCAAACUUGACAAUUACUUGCAAUUAUAAGAAUCACAGUUAAGUGUCUGUUCUCUGUCUUGUGAUACUUUGUACUUGUAAUUAACAAUGCCUUUUGUUGCCUUUAACCCCCAAGAUUUGCCAGAGUGAACCUUUCUGUUGUAGCAGCAGUGCAGUAAGAUGCUGAAGGGCCUGGAGAGGAGCUUUGCUGGGGCUGGCAGAUAUGGGCCCACCAGCACUUCGAGGGUGGAUGUCAGACUGCUGUAAUUCCAUCUGAUAUAAAUCUGUGUUGGGGGAAAUAAAGUCAUUGAAGAGCCUGUUAAA